AUGCAAUCCAUUCGGCGAAGGAUCGACCGCUUCAAGCAGCAGGAUCUCUUUGUUUCGCGCGUGGUGUUCGUGAAAGAGAACUUUGCAAAGUUAAAAGUACUUGGCGUGUACCGGGGUGCCCGGGAUGGUCCAUUCUUCCACCGGAUGGUCUACUAUGUGCCCGAUAUAUUCUUUGUGCUACAGAUCGCCACCAUAGUGUGGGAUCUGGCGGGCGUCCUGGACGACAUCGGUCUGUUCGGGGACGAUAUGUGCAUUCUGACGGGGUUGGUGAUGAUGCUGGUUAAGAAGUGGCACUGCAUCGUCAGUAUCGAGCGAUUGGACGAGUGCAUCGAGCAGUUUCAGCUGUACUUUGAACGCUACAUGAACAGCGGGGAACAGUUUGUCGAUCGUAUUCGGCGCCAGAAGUUGCAAGAAGUUGUGCUCUUAUAUUUCGCCAACGCACUGGCCGUAAUACUAGGCGGUACCUUGAUCUUGCACGCACUCCUCUCCAACGGUGAGUCCUUUAUCUUGCGCGCCCGGUAUCCUUUCAAUACGGCCACUCCGCUCGGAUACGGGUUCGUGUUCCUGUGCCAGGCCUUUCUGGUUUCGUAUGUGCUGUUCAACGUGGUGUACUUUGACUCUGUGGGCUCACUGAUGCUCAGCCAGCUGUCGCUGCUGUUUCAGCUGCACCGGAUGGAGUUUGAGGCGAUCGGCGAGGGGCUGCUGCUUCCACCGGUUGGACCGCUGCACGGCGACGAUGCGAUCCGUUUGCAAAUUCACAAGUUAAUUGAAAGCCACCAGCAGCUGCUCCAGUUUGGUGAUCGGGUGAAGCGGCUGUAUGAGCCCAACAUUAUGGCGCAGUUCGUGUGCAGCAUGGUCAUCAUCUGCCUCACCGCAUUCGAGCUGAUGUUCUUCAAGGGCGAUCUGAUGCAGAUGUUCCGCUUCGGGGCGUACAUGGUGACGGGAUUUUUUCAGAUAUUCGUGUGGAGCUUCUUUGGCAACCGCGUUACCGCCACGUCUACUAGCAUCCACGAAGCGAUUAGCACGAGCAACUGGAUCGUGCUCAAUGAUCGACUGAAGAAGGACCUCCGCUUCACGAUGAUGCGCGCCCAAAAACCGUUCGUCAUCGAUGUUUACUGGCUGUUUCCGCUGACAUACGAAACGUUCAUUGCGAUCCUAAGCAGAUCGUACUCGAUGUUUACGCUGCUUCGCACAAUGAUCGAAUGA